CUACGUGGUAUACAAUCAAUUUGUUCCUGUCUUGCUUAAAAGAGGAAAGGAGCCCAAUGUGGGUGGAAGUGAGAUGGCAUCCAGGGAAAAGAAACCCUUAACGCCUUCCAAAGCAAAACAGAAGGCGAAUAAUGAUUGUGGCUUGCCAUCGAACGAAAUUAAAAGUAGAAAAGGCAAGUCUUUGUCAAAUCUAAAGCAACAGCAACUUACACGAGAUAUAUUGGAAGCUGUAGCUACUGGUAGUCAACUUACUUCAAAAUUAGAGACAAACCUGCCACGUAAAAAGGUUCUUAGAAAUCUUAAACGUAAACAAAAGCUAAGAGUAGCAAAAGCAAACUUAAUUAAAUCUAAGGUUACAAGAAAAGUAACAAACAGAAAUUUGUGUAGAAUAACUUCUGAUAUCAAGAAAGGUGUGAGAGUUAAAAGAGUCAAAUUAUCUGAAGAGAACAGUGUUAAAACAUCUGAUAUUAACUCAAAAAUUUUAGAAAACCAUAUAAACGAAAGAGAGAGUGAGAGUAUAGGAACAGAAGGAAGUAACAGAAGUGCCAAGAACAAUCUCAGGACUAAAAAGACCAAGUUUAUACCAAAAAAUAGUGGAGAAGUAGAGAACGAGGAAAUCGUGGACAGAGAUAUAGAUUCAGUUGCUGGAUCUAGUACUAAAAGCAGCCCAAAACUUAGCAGAAAGGGUAGAAACGUGGAAAAUUCAGACUCUUUACCAAGAGGUGUUAAAUCUACAAAAUUUUCAGGAUUCAAAAGAAACAGUAUCAAACAAAAAGACACUUAUAUAAAAACAGAAAGUGAUAUUAAAUAUACAAAGGGAAGAAAGAGUACUAGAGAUAUAGAUUACAGUAAUACAAGAGUUUCAAAGUCACUUCUGGACUCCAAAAGUUCUAUAGAUCUUACCAUAGACGAAGUGAUAGCUUCAAUGUUGAGCGAUUCAGAAAUAGACGGCCAACAGGGAAUAACUGAAAAAAUAGAAGGAAAGGUAACAAGAAGUAAGAAGAUGUUGGUAGAGGAGAAUAUAGUCCCAGAUAUUGACAUAAAAAAAGAACCAGACAGUGAUGAUAUCAAAAUUACUUCUGAUGGAGAAAAUAUAGAGACAGAAUCUGUUCAAAGUGCAAUUCAAUUAAGGAAAAGAUCAAACACAUCAAUUACUCAAAGAAGUUUAAGAAACGGCAAGUUACGGCAGUCAGAUUCUGUCAUUACUAGUGACUUAGAGCUUAAAAAACGUCGAAGAUUAAAUUCGGAUGAUCCUAAUAAUUCAGAAGUUUCUAUAGACAAUACUGCAGAUAGUAAUAUUGACACUGAAUCUUGUUUUUCUGAAUCAAGUGGUAAUAACUCUCAAGCAAUUAUGGUACCAACCAAAGAUGAGUUUUGUUUGAAACAAGAAACAUUAAAAAACUUUGAAGACAAUGCUCAAAUUGGUUCAGAAAUAGAGAACAAUAAUAACAGUGAUAGAUUAGAUAAGACAAGUGAAAUUGGUCCUACUCUUCGUUCAAAAACUAAAGCCAAAAGUAUCGAGAUCGAAAUAAAAACUGACAAUAUGAAAGUUGAAUAUACGAGAAUAGUACCUAAAAAUACAGAAGUACAAGAAGAGCUGAAAAAAAUUAGCAAUUUAGAUCAAGUUAGAAAAGAUAAUAUUUUAGCGAAACUUUCUGAUAAGUCUAAAGGCAGAAGAAGUAGCUUAAAUAUAGAUAUGAAAAAAACAGUUAAUUCUUUUUAUGCUACGGAUAAAUCAGAUGGUAAUCCUACGUCACAAAUAGAUCAAAUGAUAGAAAAUAUCAAACUUACAAUCGCGAAGUCCAUUGAAAGUAAAAUUUUCGGUCCAGAAAAGGGUCUUGGAUUAAAUAAAAACUUUGAAGUACCAAAAAUCGAAGAAAUUAUUGCACCAUUGAGUGCUGAGUCUCAGAAAUUAGGGCUGGAAGAAAGUACAGAUGAGGAUAAGUCUGUUAUUUCCAAGAAUGAAAUCAAAUCAGACAAUUCAGAAAAUUCAGUACCAAAAGUGGCUGACACUGCCAAAGAAAUUGAGAAACUAGUCAUGGGUGAUAUUGAACUAGCUGAAACUCACUCUCAGAAUGUACAAGAAAGCGAGUCUCCAGAUACUAAUACAAGCAACAACACUCAUAAUACUUCUGAAGUUGUACAUGCUACAAAAAACGAUGAUAAUAGUUGCAAAGCUAUAGAGCAACAGGAAGAAUCAAACGAAAUUUUUAAUCUAAUAGUAAAGUCUGAAAAGGAUAUAGAACAAGUUGGUAAUGAUCAAGUAGAAAGUUUAGUUGAUGGUAAAAAACUUGUGCCUACUAGAAAAUCUUCAAGGAUAAUAGAUAAAGGUUGUCUUGAGAAUAGUGAAACUGUUAAAAAAUUAAGUAGAGUAAUAAAUAAAAUAGCUCAAAGAUCUGAAAACAGUGAAGAAUCUUCACAAGAUUCUAGUAAAUUUGUUUCCGAGGAAACUACUUCAAAUGAUGAGCUGCUUAAAAAUGAAUCAACAAACAAAGCAGUCACUAUAGAGUCUUCAGUUGCUAACACAGUAAUUGCAUCGAUGCAGAUACUAGAGAAGAUUGCAGGGGACAAAACAAAGUCAAAUCAAACAGUUGCAUGUGAGAUUGAGAUUUCUGGAACUACGAUUAUGGAAUCAAAUGAUGUAGAAACCUUAGAAAGUAUUUCUAAGGAAGUAGAGAGAUUAGUAGCAGAGGAUCAUUCUAACAAUCAACUACAAAUGAGUACAAAAGAAAUGCAGCGUAGAAAUGAAUCUACAAUUACAAUUGUAGCAGAGUUACAGCAAGAAAUAUUGACAGAUACAUUAAUAGAUAACGAAAAACAAGAAAUAGUUUCUGUUAAAACUGAUAAAUUAAAAGAUAACGAUGACCAAGGCAAACCAGAGAUAGUAGAGAAUGCCAAAGAAGUUGAAAAAUUCGAAGAAACCUCAUUUGAAACAACGCAUAUUGCUACAAUGGAGAAAAGUAAUUAUGAAGCACUAGUUCCCUGUUCUGUUUCUAGCAAUAUGUGUGAACCUAUUGAAGACACGAAAAAAUACACAAAUGGCAGUGAGAAAAACGAUAAAUGCAAGGAAGGUAAUGAUACCGAUAAUAAUAAUGCUGUCGAUAAUAUUACCGAGAAGAAAGUAAUUUUGUACGAUAAUUUAGAGAACACUGAUAUGAUAGUAGCAGAGGGGGAAACAGAAAAAUCAAAUAAUGUUAUAGAGGAGCAGAAGUCUGUUAACGAUGAUAAUAAGAAACGAGUAUUAAGAGCACGCGAAAAAACGAAAAAGCUUGAAAAGGGACAAGCAUCAUGUAAUAAAGAUCGUAACGAAGGUGUUUCAAAAAUUCAAACAGAAGAAAGUUUUCAGAAGUCGCAGGACUCUCGCAAUGAGGAAAAUAUGCAGGACUCAGAUGAAAAAGCUGAGGAAUUAAUUACAGAGGACAUAGACGACACCCAGAACUGUACUGAAUUGGACACAAACGAUCUAGAACGUCAAGCUCGUACUAGACGUAAUAGAGAAGUAAAGAAACGCAAAGAGGAUCAAUUAAGUACAUUAAAAAAUAAACGAACAAAACGGGACGUUCGAAGAUAUGAUCAGCAGAAUAAGGAAGAGACCCUUUUAGAUAAUGAGGUAGCAAAGAUCAAUGAGAAUAAUCGAUCCUUCUUAAAUAAAUACGGAAACGAAACGGAAUGUGCAACAAAUUUCAGAGGCUUCUCAGAAGGUGGUAGAAGAAGCUUGGAAAAGCCACAAAAUACUACGGAUAAUAUUAGAAGUAAGUCAGAAAAUGACUUGACUAUUGUAAAGGAGCCAAGCAAAACAACUUGUGAUAAUAGAUUGUCUCGGAACUUAUCCGAAAAUCAUGUUACUAAACAAGUAGAAAAUAUUGAUAUAUUAGAUGCUGAUUGUAAACCUACAAAGACACCGGAAAUAUCUCAGAAAGACUCUGAUGAGACAUCCACGUCUAGUGAAUCUUCCAGCAGUGUCAAUAUUAUUCCAAAGAUUUUGGAGACACCGGAAGAUAAGGCAAAAAAAGAGUCGAUUUUGAGACUACUUGGUUUGGAGUCUCUGGAGAAAGCUGCGGAAAGGUUAAAUCAUCAGAAGGCUAAGAAAGAGCAGUACACAGGUACUCUGAAGACUGUAAUCCGUGUUCAAAAAGAAAAGGAAAAGGACAAAAGGCGAUCAAGGUCACCACUGAAGAUGGUGUUGAAACAAGGCCGUGGAGAUGGCGAAGGAGACUCACCUGAAAAUUUUUACACUAUUCAGAAGGAGUUUGGAACCAGUGGUUGGGGAGAUAGCAGCUCUGGUGCGAACCGAAAGUUCUCUACUAACCACAGACACUCUUGCGACGAAGAUAAUGAAGAUACAGCACCAAAGGAUCGUCAGUCUCUUGUCAUUCCAGAGAAGUCUUCUUCCUUUUCCAUUCAUCCGGGGCGUUUAUGCGCAGACGUAUGUUGUUACUGUUUUGGAAAGUUUGGUUCUUUGGACACACCAAUGCAUCUUGCCCAGAUGAAGUCUGAUGAGAGACGCAAGAAGAUUUUAAACAUAGAAAGACAUUUAACUAAAGAUUCUUGUUUAUGUGAUGCCUGUUAUCGUCAUGUAGACAGAAAAGCAAACACAAGUCCAACAAACAUGCAAACAAAACCACCAAAACAACACAGGCAACUCAUGGUAUCCAAGUGCUCGGCCCGCGAGUGUAGAGACACUGCACGGCAUCAUGUUAAACGCCGAUGGUUACUCAAAAUAAAAACUGGUCUGCAAAAACAGGUGGACAUUGACUGGGAAUCGAGUCAACACACAUCUAUGUCAUUUUGUGUCAGUCAUUACUCAAAGAUCGAACGAUUCUUGACUUGUGCGCUCUGUAAGCGUCGAUUAGCAAGGAAUCAUACUCAUCAACUAGCAAAUGCGGAAACUGACGAAUUGAACCAAUUACUUGGACAACAAGGGAUUCCCGUCAUCUUGGCAGCCGGUACUUUCGUUUGCAAGUUAUGUCGUUACUUCACGCAAUUACAGCUGAAGUACAAAGAUGUGGAGAAUAUGAAUACAAAUCAUAGAUCGUUCUUCAAGAGCUAUCGAAAGAGAAUCCUGCACUAUCACGAUAUUGAGGUUUUGGAGAACGAAGACGAAGAUUCCUCUCAGAAUCAAUCUAAGGAUAAAGAUAAGGAUAAGGACAAACGUAAGAAGACAAAAUGUAGUACUCAACCUAAGACUGGAAUUUUCAAGUCUCAAGAUGGCACGACGAAUUCCAUCUCUGAAAAAUCUAUUCCGGAACCCAAUAAAAACGAGGGAGCUAAUUCCGAGACGGAUAAUGAAAACCGUAUCACGAAAAAUUUGAGUGAUGAGAACGUCACAACGGAUGUGCAAUUUCUUGGUAUUGAGAGCACUGUGGAAAAACUGAAAAAACGUAAGCUACUAGACAUGCAUUCGUAUACAACAUCAGAUACAACGAUAUCUUGUGAUAAUCCAAAUGAGGUCGUUGAGAUUCUUGCAAUGGAUAAGGAAGUGACGUUAACUAGAUUGCCAAAGAGACCAAGAACGAAUAAUGAUAUUACCCCGGUUGUACAGAGACUCGGUGCUAAUCCCUCCAUUAGUGUGCGUACCCUUUUCCCUGGUGAAGAGGAAAUGAAUCUUCAUGCUAAUAUAGAAUUUACAAAUGUUCGAGAAAUAACACCUCAGGGAUGGGAAAAAUGCGCUACCAUGAUACAAUAUGAUAGAGAUACAAAACUUCUCUGGCAAGAGCUACAGAGACCAUAUGGAAAUCAGAGUUCAUUUCUUAGACAUUUGAUACUUUUGGAGAAAUAUUACAGAUCCGGUGACUUAAUUUUAGCUCCGAAUGCAUCGCGAAAUGCGAUUAAUUACUCGACUUCUGUGCAGAACCGAUUAAUAUCAUAUGAAGGUCCAGAAAAGAUGGAUGAACCAAUAAUGGAGCCAAUAGCCUCGGAAUAUCACAAUUCUCGUCGAUUAAGUGGCGGUUAUGUGCUGGAAAGGGACAAACAUUCUUUACCAAACACGAGUACUCCCAAACAACUACCAUCUACAAACACUACGCAAUGCAUAAAGGGUAGUCCUCCACGAAUUCUAAAAUUGAAUCCUGGAGUAUCGAUAAUUAAGAAACCACCUCCUAAUUUGCAACGACUAAAUCUUCCAUCCACUAGUACUGCUACCGCGAAUGGUAACGUAAAACGGAAGGAUGGUCAAAAGUUACCAACUUCUUCUGGUGGUAAGGUGUUUCAUUUAAGUGAGCCUGACUUUAAACGACUGCAAAAUCUAAAGAAACAAAAACAACAGAUGCUCACGGAAAAACAAUCGAAUGGUGGUUCGAGUAACUCAAGUUCGCCACCAACUUUAAAGUCGACUACACAGUACCAAAAAGCUCAGAUCGCUGCGCACACGCAGUUCCAAAGGCAUCUGAGAAUGCAGCAGGAGAUGUUGAAUCGACAAAGCAGGAGCGAUUUUGAGCCGUUAAUUUGUGAUGUGCGUGCGUUGACGAAUGAGAAUACAUCGACUCAGAACCUCUUGCAUAAUUUGAAUCUACCGAAGUCAAUCCAAGUGACGACCAAGACGUCCAAUCAAAUUCCGAUAUUGCCAAAAAUUCCGAAGUCUUUGACGGUGAUACCACAAACGGUCACCAGACCUGCCGAGAAAUGAAAAGAGUGGACAGAGUGGGAGUGAACAGUAAGUAAACAAAAUGUAAAUGUUAAUUUUUUUAGACGCAAGCGUACACAAUAAUGACGUUUAUAUUCGGUUCUGGGUGGAAGGGGAAAUUAUAAGACAAAAGAGAUGAUCGGCUAUUUAUAACGAACAAUUUAUUUGAUCGGCUACUCUCAAUAAACAACAAUUAUUCGUCAAACUUUGCACUUCGAUGCUGAUUACAAGGAAUAAAGUGACAAUGAAAAAGUUUUGCGGAAUUAGUUAACGUUCAAUACAAGAAGCGACAAUAUCUACCUUAUUAAAAUAAAAAGAAAAAGGAAAAAAAAAGAAGAAAAAAGAAAAGGAAAAAAAGAAAAAAAAGAAAAUAGCGUGCGGAUACGAGAAGAAUUUUGCACUGCUCAAAAGGAAACGGGUUUACGACAAUUAACAGAUGUUCGUCAAUGCACGUUCGAGGUGUAAUUGUACACACGCAUGCGUACAUGGUGUAAUACUAUGUUAGAAGAACGUUUCUUCAAAACAUAAUACAAUGGUAAGGAAAAGCGAAAGAAACGGAAGAACAAUAGUUAACGAUGUUGCAAACAAACAAUUGAAGCAGUAGUGUGAAAAAGAGUGGCGAAACAUAGAAUAAAAUCUAUUUCCAAGGAAAAGUGCCUAAAAAAAGAAUGUAUGACGCAAACGAAGUUUGUUAGUUUUUAAAUGACAGAAUAUAAUAUGUUGAACGGACUUGAAAUA